UUUCAAUUGCCCAAUAGCUAAGAAAAUCCCUAUAAAUAUUGGCACAUAUAUAUUUGAUCAAAAAUGCCAAGUACAAAAUAUUUCAUCCAAGUGAUUUAAUUUGGUUGCUUCUUAUUUACUUCGUUUCAAUUUCAAUUCCAAAUUAAAAUGGCAUUAAUUCCUCAAUUGCUCGAAAAUAUUUUACAACCCCUUAGCCUAAUUAAUUCAACUAAUGAUGGAACCUCCAAAUUUGUCAACCCACGAGUCGAUUGGAAGGAAACUCAAGAAGCUCAUAUCUUCAAAGUUGAUCUUCCUGGAUUAAACAAAGAGGAAAUUAAAGUUGAAGUGGAAGAAGGAAAGGUCUUGCAAAUUAGUGGUGAGAUUAAGGGUGUUGAUCCUAUUAAUAAAAAAGAUCAGAAGGAGGAGAAUGAGACGUGGAGGCGCGUCGAGAGGCCACGUGGCAAUUUUUGUAGCAGGUUUGGGUUACCUGAAAAUGCUAAGAUUGAUGAGGUGAAGGCUAAUAUGGAGAAUGGGGUUCUAACUGUUAUCAUUCCUAAGCAGGAGAUUAAGAAACCUGAGGUUAAGACCAUUGAGAUUAAUUAGUGGCUAAUUACGUAAUUAAUGUUAGUCUUUUUGUCUUUUUUAUGUACUUAAUAAUUGGGCAUGAGCUUUGAGUGAAAUUUUCUUAUUUUUCUUUGAUUGUGGUUUAAUUUGAGA